GUCCACUUCCUGGUAGCAAAAAUCAUGUGAUUAUGUGACGCUUCCUGGAGCUUUACUUUCACGUAUCACUUUUGCUCUCCGUGACAACAUUUACCAGCAGGAAACGCUAACCUCUACAACGGGCUUUUUGUUGCGGACUUUUUGGUGCUCGUUUGCGGCAUGGCUGACGGUGAGCGAUCGCCUUUGCUGUCGGACAGUCGCGAUGGAAUGAACGGGCUGUCACCGGUAGAUGAGACCUACCGACCUCCGACCAAACCACAGAAUUUCCCGUCAGCUCCUCCCUUGUUGGGCGAGGCUCCUCCACCGUAUUCCCCGCUGGGUUCUCCGGAGAGCGGCAGUGCUCCUGUCAUCAGCUGCAGAGUGUGUCAGUCGCUUAUUAGUGUGGAGGGCAAAAUCCACCAGCAUGUGGUCAAAUGUGGUGUCUGCAAUGAGGCUACACCCAUAAAGAAUGCUCCAGCAGGAAAGAAGUAUGUGAGGUGUCCGUGUAACUGUCUUCUCAUCUGCAAAGUUACCUCACAGAGGAUCGCCUGCCCUCGACCUUACUGUAAGCGAAUUAUCAAUUUAGGUCCAGUUCAUCUUGGUGCUGGAAGUCCGAAUCCUCAGCCUAGCGGUGCCAGAGUUUCAUGUGGCCACUGUGCAAACACUUUUCUGUGGACAGAAUUUACAGAUCGGACAUUGGCUCGAUGUCCACACUGCAGAAAAGUCUCAUCGAUUGGCCAGAGGUACCCGAGAAAGCGGAGUUUGAAAUGUUUUAUGCUGUGUUUGAUUCUCAUCAUAACGACUGCGGGAUUGAUUGCUGGUACGUGGUUGAAUGCACGGCAAUACAAGGGGAUUUAUGCAUCAUGGGUAUUCUUCAUUCUCCUGGUGCUCAUCACUUUGUUCAGAGCCCUACAUUGGGCCUGCAUGAAAAUCAGUGAACCACUGCACAACUACUCGUAGAAGAGAGCAAUGAGGAGCAGGAGGUCCAGCUGAAGUGUAAGAGACAAGAAUAAGUCCAAGUGAAGGAGAAAACAGAGCCAAAAGGGAUGUUAAUAGUGUGAUGCUCUGUCGAAAUGGGUGAAGAACUGUCAGUAAAAUAUUCAAAUCAUAUUUCACCCUAAAAUCAAUGCAAAAACAUGCAAAAAAAAUUAUUAUUAUUCUAGAUAAUAAUAAUUAAAUUAUUAAUUUUAUUCCUUUUGAUAUUGGGAUGAAGUAUGACCCACUUGUCACCCAAAUAGUUUAAAUUUCAAACCUAAUCUGCCCACAUUCCUAAUGGGAACUUCCUUCCUAAACACUGCACAAUUAAAAAACGCAUAGAGAAACAAAUAUUUCCGCAUAGGAGUAGAACUUCUAGUUUAGUUGCAGAAUCAGUAAUUGCUGAAACAGGCUUUUUUUUUGGCCCUUGAAUUGACUCUGACAUCACUGUGGCAUCACACAAAUAUACGGAAGCAUUAUAACAUUAGUUAGAAUGAGAUUGUGGCUGAAUUGCAGAACUAGUAAGUGCCUCAUAUGACAGUUGUUAUAGCUGGUAAAAGUAACUUCUAAAGCGAAAAUUGCCAUAUAUAGGGGAAUUGCAGCUUUUAGCUUUAUUGAAAAUUGUAUGGUGUAAAAGGAAUGAGAAAGAAAAAGGAAAUUAAAGCUCCAUACUGAAGCAUUUGGGAGGUUUAGAGGAAAAGGGGAAAAGCAAAAGCUGAUCUUUUUGUUUUUCAUUUCAGUGCACUUUAAUGUCACAAAUGAUUGAAAUGUGCUAUAGAUUGAAUCAUAGACAACAAUGAAGUUGAUUUAUUGUUUCAGUGUAUUUUAUUGCUGUUUCAUGGAUAUUAUUCAGUGGAUCUGAAUGUCUGUGGCCCAGGCUUAGACCAAACCCUUACCUUCCUCUUCUUCCUCCUACAGCACUCAGCAUGUCUUACUGUGUAUCUGGACCCUCAAAAACAGCUGAGGCACCAAAUUAUGCUUUGCUUCUAACUAAAAAAUGUUCCAAUAUCUGACACAAUGCAAUAUUAUAGACAUUCUAGAGAUUUCUGAUAAUCCUUAUGUUACUUUUGUUGAUGCUGUUUUUAAAUCAAGCAUUGCUGCUUAUUAUUUGUACCUGUAUGUGGUUAUAUAGUUAAUGUAUAUAGCUGCAUUAAAACCUUCUAUCUUACUAUUAAUAACUGUAGCAUUACCCAGUAGAUUAGUACAGGCAAAGAUUAUUCAUUUUAACUAUUUCUUUCCUUGACACAAUCUGCAUAUAAAAACUUUAAAAUGUUGGUGAAUGUAAAUAUUCAACAAAGUGAAUUGCUGUGAUUAACUUAUAUCUUCACUGUCAGAAACAAAAUAUGCAAAAUUUGUACUUUUAUGGUAUAACAGCUUGUCCCCAUAGCAGUACUUUGUAUUACCUAUAAAAGGUGCAUAUUAGUACAUUAGAGUAGUAAUAUGUACCCUUAAGGCAUUACUAGACCCUUUUAGGCAUAAAUAAGGUACAAAGUUGUCCCUUUAAGGGUUUUGUCCCAGUGACAAGGUGUUGUACCCCUAAAGGUACAGUUUUUGCUUUUUUUCCUGAGUGUAAUGAGAUGUAAAUGUACCAGCUGACCAAUAGCAUAGACUCAUUUCCAGUUGAAAUGUACUCUUUGCACUGCACACUUCAUGGAGUAUACAGAUAUAUACUAAUAGAUAUACUAAUACUUUUUCUGUGAAAUACAAAAGUGACCAGUAAGUUUUUAUUUUUGCAGAGUUUGAUUUGUUUACAUGAUUGUGCAGUUGUACUGUGCAUUUACUUGUUUAAUUUUUGUUGAAAACUUUAUUGUUGCACUACAUUUUAGCGCGCUAACAGAUCCUACCCAUGUCAUUGUUGAUUUUGUUGUUGAUCAUUUUUGUAUGUUCCUUUGAGACUAAAAUGUUUUAACAA